UCAGUGAAAUUAAAUACCUUUGAGUGUUGUAGAAACUGGCAUAUGAUUAAUUAUGUAAUGAUACGAGUUUAAUUAGAUUGAAAUAAAAUGUGGCCGUUGGUAUAGUCCAUUGUUAAUUAUUAUUUAAGUAUUCGGCAGACGGUUCAGACGUCCCGAUAAAUAUAACUAUUUUCAGGAAUAAAUAUGUGGUGCUUACCAUUUUGUUUAAUAUGCAUCGCACUCGGUGUAUUUGGAAGCGAGAACCAAGUUGACAAAGCUAUGGAAAACGCAAAAAUCGUGCCAGAUGUCAUUGUCGUCGGUCCGAAGAAAUUGUUACAAGUAAAUUAUCUAAGCGGUGUGAAAGCAGAACUCGGUAAUGAAUUAACACCUACUCAAGUGAAAGAUCAGCCGUCAGUCGUAUGGGAUGCUAAACCUAAUUCAUUCUAUACAUUAUAUUUGGCUGACAUUGAUAUCACGACUGGUGGAGCUCAACCCAAAGAAAACGAAUGGCACCAAUGGCUGGUAGGAAACAUACUUGGCGGAGACGUGAACAGCGGAGAAACGCUCACCGCAUUCGUAGGUUCCGGACCACCGUCGAAAACCGGUCUUCAUCGUUACGUGAUUUUUGUAUUCGAACAACCGUCGAAGUUGAAUUUUGACGAGCCACGCAUAAGCAAUAGAUCUAUCGAAAACCGUGACAAAUUGUCAAUCAAAAAGUUUGCGUCAAAGUACAAUUUGGGAGCACCAGUGGCUGGGAAUUUCUAUCAAGCUCAAUACGAUGAUUAUGUUUCAGUUUUGUACCAACAAUUUGGUGUUAAUUAAAUACAUUUUUAUAAAGCAUUAGGAUUAUAUUAGACAAUAUUCACCGUUCUACGUCAUCCACAUUUUAUAUGCAACUAAUUUAUAUAUAUACAUAUAUAUUAUAAUAUAAUAAUAACCGCUACUAUGGUAAACCAUGA